UUAGGGCGUGGUCUCGGCUCAGGGCGCCUCAAGGAGACUUGGGGACGCCCGAACACUCCUUUUGAGUGCCCGGGUGCCGCGGCCACCGCGUGGGUCUGCUGCACUCCAUGAGGAAGAUGCUCGCCGCUGUGUCCCGCGUGUUGGCAGGCGCUGCACAGAAGCCGGUAAGCAGAGUGCUAGUAGCUUCCCGUAAUUUUGCAAAUGAUGCUACAUUUGAGAUUAAGAAAUGUGACCUUCAUCGGCUAGAAGAGGGACCUCCAGUCACCACAGUGCUCACCAGAGAGGAUGGGCUCAAAUACUACAGGAUGAUGCAGACUGUGCGGCGGAUGGAGCUAAAAGCAGAUCAGCUGUAUAAACAGAAGAUUAUUCGUGGUUUCUGUCACUUGUGUGAUGGUCAGGAAGCCUGCUGUGUGGGCCUGGAGGCUGGCAUAAACCCCACUGACCAUCUCAUCACAGCCUAUCGAGCACAUGGCUUCACCUUCACUCGGGGCCUGUCUGUCCGAGCAAUUCUUGCAGAGCUAACAGGAAGAAGAGGAGGGUGUGCUAAAGGGAAAGGCGGAUCGAUGCACAUGUACGCCAAGAACUUCUACGGAGGCAACGGCAUCGUCGGGGCUCAGGUGCCCCUAGGAGCAGGGAUUGCUCUGGCCUGCAAAUAUAAUGGAAAAGAUGAGGUCUGUUUGACUUUAUAUGGUGAUGGUGCUGCUAAUCAGGGUCAAAUAUUUGAAGCUUACAAUAUGGCAGCAUUGUGGAAAUUACCUUGUAUUUUCAUCUGUGAAAAUAACCGCUAUGGCAUGGGGACAUCUGUUGAGAGAGCAGCGGCCAGCACAGAUUACUACAAAAGAGGAGAUUUUAUUCCUGGACUGAGGGUAGAUGGAAUGGAUAUCUUGUGUGUUCGAGAGGCAACCAAGUUUGCAGCUGCCUAUUGUAGGUCUGGUAAGGGGCCCAUCCUGAUGGAACUACAGACUUACCGUUACCAUGGACAUAGUAUGAGUGACCCUGGAGUCAGUUACCGCACUCGAGAAGAAAUCCAGGAAGUAAGAAGUAAGAGCGACCCUAUUAUGCUUCUUAAGGAUAGGAUGGUGAACAGCAAUCUUGCGAGUGUUGAAGAAUUAAAGGAGAUUGAUGUGGAAGUGAGGAAAGAAAUUGAGGAUGCUGCCCAGUUUGCUACAGCUGAUCCAGAGCCACCCUUGGAGGAACUAGGCUAUCACAUCUACAGCAGUGAUCCUCCCUUUGAAGUGCGGGGUGCCAACCAGUGGAUCAAGUUUAAGUCAGUCAGUUAAUGGGAGACUGUGAAAUGGAUGGCUGCUCAUCAUCCACUGUAAGAACUCUGUGCUUUCAACUUUAAGGAAAUGAAAUACCCAGACAAAAAGUCUUGAAAACAUGUAAAUUAAGGAAGAAUAAUUUGCAUGCAGUUUAUAUGUUGUUGUGUGCAGUGUAUCCAUGUGAAUAAGAGUGUAUUGGAUUUGUAUAGGAUUUGAAAUUGCCAUUUUCUGUGAUGUGAGGCAUGCUGGGAUUAAUGCAAUGCACAGGUAGAGAGUAGCAGCCACCCUGCAUUGUGGAGGCUGACAUCUGUUGGCAAAGGCUCUAUAUAAUCAUGUAUUUUAAAAUAAAGCUACUUCAAAGGUAAAAUAAUUUAAUUUUCUCCAUUUAGACAUUUAACAAACAUGAGCUUGUACUCCCAUUGCAAGGCAUACUUUUUUUCCUUUCACAUUUAAGUAUUAUACUUUAUCUUUCCAGCAGUUGCUAUAAGGUAUGCUGACUUUUUAAAUGACAUAUAAUCCUAAGAAUUUAAUAUACUAGAUCAUGGUUGACAUUACAUACAAUUACAAGGAUGGUCUAAAAUUAUACGUGCUUGGAUUAAAUGAACAAGGGUCCUUCUGUGUAACGCAGGAUUUGUAUGUACACGAACAGAAGCUUUGACCCUAAGUAGGCAGGAUAUUUGCUUAUUCGUUCAGCUUGGUUCAGUGUGAGGACUCCUGCGUUUGUCUUCUGUGCUGGGAGACUGCAUGCCAGAGCCUACAGAGGACACCACCGCUGCAAAACAGGAGUUUCCAUAAGAAAAGCAAACUUAAAAACAGCAACCUCACAAGCAGGAGAAGCAAGCAUUUGAUCUACAGGAUUACAUAAUCUCUAACUUAUUCAAGUGUGUUGUCUUUGUCUGGACCUGGUGCCAUAGGAGUGUUGGUGGCUCCGUGUAGAGGUGUGGGCAUUUUAAGCAAGAAUGAAAAGAUAAUUCCAUUAAGAUCGGAGGAAGCUACCAGCAGUGCUUUGUUUAAAAAUAUUCACUAAGACCUAUUAUUCAGACCCUUUAGAAGCUCUUACCGUAGUCUGAGGCACCUUAGGUCUUCCUUAGUAAUGUUGUUGAGAAUAUCAGAAAGUGUAUAAUCCUCUUCAACAAUCUGAAACCGUGAUUCAGUGUAUGAGAGAAGCAGCUUUCCAACAGUAUCAUAGGAGUACUCUGAUUUAGAAAGUUACCUUUUCGAUUGUAGUUGCAUCUGCUCCUUGUAGUUGCAGCCAGUCUAUCAGUUCUCUGUCUGUCCCCAGUUCAUCCGGGGGUGCCGGGUUCUCCGUACCACCUAGAAUGAUUCCAGUUCUGUUUUAUUGUAUAGUAAUGUAUAACCAUAAACUGUUUCAAGAGUAACAAAGUGGAUGUAUUGACAUAUCCAAAUAGAAUGUAAAUGUGAUGGGAAAAGGAAAUGAAUUAAACUUUUUGAUUCAACUA